AAAGACGACCGACGAGAUCAUGGUGGCCCACGACGGGAGUAUCGGGGCGGCGGUGGCUACAGACGUGGUGGACCGGACAGAAAUGGCGAUAGAGAUCGUGGAGGAAGAAGAAGGGACGAUAGGAGGGAUAGAGAUGAUCGCUCCACUUGGGAUGUAAGACCUAGUGCUGAAGAAGUUGCUAAGCAGAAGAAGCUUCUUUGGGGAUCAAAGCCGGCACCAGCAGCCAGUGGAGAGGGCAGCAGUGCAGGUGCUGAAGCGCAGCCUGAUAAAGUAGUAGACAAAAAUGCAGGUCUAUGGUCCAGCGCUAUCACGGCUAGCGGCGUUGCUGGUGAACAGGCGAACAAGUUCUUAAAGCUCAUGGGCAUUAAAAAUGCUCCGGCUGUAGAUCCGAGUUCGACCGAUAGCAAGCUGCUCCAAGAAGAAAGUGAGAAGCAGAAGAAAAUGAUGCGUGAUCUAGAUAGACAGUAUGAAAUAGCUCGUGAGACUACACAUAUGGGGCGAGGUUUAGGAUUAGGAUUUCAUCAGCAAUGA